AUGGUGAGCCAAUUCCCAGGUCCCGGCUCUCGAGUCCCCUGGCGGCCAAGAGAUGAGGCACUGCGUGUGAACGUGGGCGGAGUGCGGCAGCUGCUGAGCGCGCGCGCCCUAGCGCGCUUCCCAGGCACGCGGCUGGGCCGCCUACAGGCGGCGGCGUCAGAGGAGCAGGCGCGGCGCCUGUGCGACGACUACGACGCAGCUGCGCGCGAGUUCUACUUCGAUAGGCACCCAGGCUUCUUCCUUGGCCUGCUGCACUUCUACCGCACCGGUCACCUGCACGUGCUGGACGAGCUGUGCGUCUUCGCCUUCGGCCAGGAGGCCGACUACUGGGGCCUGGGCGAGAACGCGCUGGCCACGUGCUGCCGCGCGCGCUACCUGGAGCGGCGCGUGGCGCGGCCUCGAGCCUGGGACGAGGACAGCGACGCGCCAAGCAGCGUGGACCCGUGUCCCGACGAGAUCUCCGACGUGCAGCGGGAGCUGGCACGCUAUGGCGCGGCUCGCUGUGGCCGCCUGCGUCGUCGUCUCUGGCUCACCAUGGAGAACCCCGGCUACUCGCUGCCCAGCAAGCUCUUCAGCUGUGUGUCCAUCGGCGUGGUGCUCGCCUCCAUCGCUGCCAUGUGCAUCCACAGUCUGCCAGAGUACCAAUCCCGGGAGGCAGCGGCCGCGGUGGCUGCUGUGGCCGCGGGUCGCAGUGCCGAGGAUGUCCGCGAUGAUCCCGUGCUACGUCGCCUGGAGUACUUCUGCAUUGCCUGGUUCAGCUUCGAGGUGUCGUCGCGUCUGCUGCUGGCUCCCAGCACUCGCAACUUUUUCUGCCAUCCACUCAACCUCAUUGACAUUGUGUCGGUGCUGCCCUUCUAUCUCACACUGCUGGCAGGCGCAGCACUUGGUGACCGGCGUGGAGCCAGUGGGGAGGAGCUCGGCGACCUGGGCAAGGUGGUACAAGUGUUCCGCCUCAUGCGUAUCUUCCGCGUGCUCAAGCUGGCGCGCCACUCCACGGGGCUGCGCUCGCUGGGCGCCACGCUCAAGCACAGCUACCGUGAGGUGGGCAUCUUACUGCUGUACCUGGCCGUGGGUGUGUCAGUGUUCUCUGGUGUGGCCUACACAGCUGAGGAAAAAAACGUGGGCUUUGACACAAUCCCCGCCUGCUGGUGGUGGGGCACCGUGAGCAUGACCACAGUGGGCUAUGGCGAUGUGGUACCUGAGACGGUGGGAGGCAAGCUGGCUGCCUCGGGAUGCAUCCUGGGGGGCAUCUUGGUGGUUGCCCUCCCCAUCACCAUCAUCUUCAACAAGUUUUCCCACUUCUACCGGCGCCAGAAGGCACUGGAGGCGGCGGUGCGGAGCAGCGGCCAGCGGGAGUUUGAGGACUUGCUGAGCAGCGUCGACGGGGUAUCAGACGUAUCUCUGGAAACAUCCCGAGAGACUUCUCAGGAGGGGCGGUCUACAGACCUGGAGACCCAAGCCCCCAGUGAGCCUGCAAAAUCUCAUAGUUAUUAAAACUCUGCAUUCCCUCCCCCCACGGCCUUAGAACAGAGCCUUCCUCCCCUGCUUACGUUCUGCAUGGGAGCCAUCCACCUGAGCAGUGAGACGAAGGGGCUACAGAUCUUUCUGGAAAGGCCCAGGGCAGCAUAGUACUUCCCUAUGCUCCACAAGCCCACACAACAUCUUCCUCUGAAGUAGGUGGGCACCAAAAGGAGGGAGAAGACAGCCUCUGUGCGAGCCGUUAGCCCUGUGCUUGCAGAUAGUUACCCCCGUUUCACAGAUAAGGGAAGUAAAGCUCAUCCGAAUGUCAGAGAACUUCUGUGAAGAAGUCAGCUUUUAACACAAAGUCCAGGGAAGGAGCUGGGGCCCGAAUCCAUAGACUAUCUGUAGGAUCGAUAGCACGGUUAUCUUGUUCACCUACUUCUUAGGUCUGACUUAUAGCAAAAAGCUGAACAGACCCUUUGGGGACCUAGUUAGUCCCAGCUCUGCACCUGCUGUGGGAAAGGGUGGCCAACUUGUCCCCAGAACUAGAUUCUAGCCUAUCUGUUGCAACUUAUGGCCCAGAAAGAUU